GGCUGGAGCAGCCGGGCGGGCGGUGUCUUCCAAUCUAGUUUCCAACAUCAUCACCGCUCGCUCAUCACAUCUCUUCUGUUUAGGAUUAACCAAACCAACAAAACGUGACUGCUUUGCCGCCGGACUGUUUAACUCGGACGUCAGUAUGUCUGACAAAAGUGAGCUGAAGGCCGAGUUGGAGAGAAAGAAACAGCGUAUCGCCCAGAUUCGAGAGGAGAAGAAGAGAAAAGAGGAGGAGAAGAAGAAGAAGGAUGGAGACUCAAAACGCGCCGUGGACGUCGGCGCCGAUGACUCAGACCUGGAGAAGAAGAGGAAGGAAGCCGAGGCUCUGCUGCAGAGCGUUGGCAUCACACCUGACGUGCAACACGCCACAGCUCAGCCCCUGAGGGUAGUAACAGAGGAUACCUGUCUAUUUCACUACCUAGUCCCCGCCCCCAUGUCUCCCUCCAACAAAUCAGUGGCCAGCGACGCGGGAAGUCAGGAUUCCGGGGAUGGAAACGCAGGACCAAGGACAUUGCAUUGGGAUCCCGACCCCUCUACUCUGCAACUCCACUCCGACUCUGAGCUGAUGGGGCGUGGGGCCGCGAGGCUCACAAUGUCCAAAGUGACCCAAGUGGAUAUCGUCCCCAAAGAAAUGGUGUCCUACUCCAAAGAAACGCAGACUCCUACCGCGGCUCACGCGGAUCAAAAAGCAGAUGAGGACGAGGAUGAUGAGAUCAUUGCGCCCCCGCCAGCAGAGGACGUUCAGGAGGAGAAAGAAGACCAAGGUGACCAACAAGAAGACGACGCACCCAAAGAGCUGACGGAAGAAGAGAAACUGCAAGUCCUGCACUCCCAGGACUUCCUGGCCUUUUUCGAGCGAGGCAGCAGGAUUGUGGAGCGAGCGCUGUCCGAGCAGGUGGACGUCUGCUUCGACUACAGUGGCCGAGAUCUGGAGGACAAGGAGGGGGACCUGCAGGCUGGUGCCAAGCUGGUUCUGAAUAGACAGUUUGCUGACGAACGUUGGACCAAAAACCGAAUGGUCACCUGUCUGGACUGGUCCCCUCAGUACCCAGAGCUGCUUGUGGCCUCUUACAACAAUAACGAGGACUCGCCUCAUGAGCCUGAUGGAGUCGCACUGGUCUGGAACAUGAAAUACAAGAAGACCACACCAGAGUACAUCUUCCACUGCCAGUCAGAGGUGAUGUCUGCCGGCUUUGCCAAGUUUCACCCCAACCUGGUGGUGGGCGGCACCUACUCGGGGCAGAUCGUAUUGUGGGACAACCGGAGCAACAAGCGAACUCCCGUCCAGAGGACUCCCUUGUCUGCUUCUGCGCACACUCAUCCUGUGUACUGCGUAAACGUGGUGGGAACCCAGAACGCAAACAAUCUGAUCAGCAUUUCCACUGAUGGCAAGAUGUGCUCGUGGAGCUUGGACAUGUUGUCUCAACCACAGGACAGUCUAGAGCUGGUGUUCAAGCAGAGCAAGGCUGUCGCCGUCACCUCCAUGGCCUUCCCGCUAGGUGACGUCAACAACUUCGUGGUGGGCAGCGAAGACGGUUCGGUCUAUACGGCUUGUCGCCACGGCAGUAAAGCGGGAAUCACAGAGGUCUUCGAGGGUCAUCACGGUCCGGUGACGGGUUUGAGCUGUCACACCGCGGCAGGACCCGUGGACUUCUCUCACCUCUUCAUCUCCUCGUCCUUCGACUGGACUGUCAAACUUUGGAGUACCAAGAGCACACGCCCGCUAUACUCAUUCGAGGACAGCUGCGACUACGUGUGCGACGCCAUGUGGUCCCCGACGCACCCAGCGCUUUUUGCUUGCGUGGACCUCGCCGGACGGCUUGACCUGUGGAACCUCAACAAUGAUACAGAAGUUCCCACUGCCAGCGUGUAUGUUGAAGGGGCGCCGGCACUCAACCGUGUGCGAUGGGCUCACUCCGGAAAAGAAAUUGCUACGGGAGACUCAGAGGGACAAGUGCGGGUGUAUGAUGUGGGCGAGCAAAUCUGCGUGCCCAAGGCGGACGAGUGGACGCGUUUCGUCCGGACGCUGGCCGACAUCAACGAAAGCAGAGACGAAGCCGAGGAGCUCGCCAACGUUUGACGAAUCCAUCGCUCUCCAUUUUAAUUCAGUACACUACGCCUCCUCUUCUUCCCGCUUACUAAAUCCAGACUUGGCCCGGCAGUAUGUUAAGCGUUAGAAUAUAGACCACUUUAGAUGUUUGUCCAUAUUGUUCCGUUUUGAGUGGGUUUUAGGGGGACCAAUGUGUCUGGCAACAAAAGUCAAGCAUGGAAAACUAGAACUUAUGUAAAUUUGGUUGUCCAAUUGGAACCUCGAACAUUACAGGGCCUCAAUCAAUAUGCAAACCUUUGUACUUGCACCUUUAUACUAACAUUUUAUGGUUAUUUUUUCCAAAACAUGGCAAAAACCUAUUGGAGCGUGUUACGGCCACACCCACGUUUUUACAUGAUACCUUCGUGUAAAAAGUUUUUAGCUUUUUCUGUGAGCGUGGCAGCAAUAUGCGUCAGUAUAAACCCUCGUUUGUUCCAUUUUAACCACUGCGAUAUUUAAUAUUUAUUCCAUUGCUUGCACUUAUUUAAACUGCAUAUUCUUACGAAGGUUGCUUUUUACUAAAAGCUAGCGUAGCGCGCACAAUUAGCACUGCAAAGCCUGUCAGCCUCAAUUUUGAUCAGUUAUUAUUUACUUUUAUGUUGUUUAGGAACAGUAUUCUAAUUUUUAAGAUGAAGGUGUAACCCAGAGGUCUUUUUUUUAAACGUUGUUAACGUAAAAAUUUUCCUUAUGCCCAUAGCUUGAAACUCCAUUGAGAGUGAAAACUAGGGAUGGGAACCUCUGGGUACCUCGCAGUACGUUUUGCAAUGCAAAGCUCUCGAUAACAAUGAUACGGCGAUACAAAAAUUAUUGAUAUAUGGGUCAGGAAAUCAUUCUACAAUAUUUUACUAUUUAUUACUAUACAAGUAAUAAACAGCCAUUCUUGUGCUCCGAAUUGAAGUUUAUCCCUAGUAGACGUCCAAUCCGUUUGAACUGGGAGGGUGGUAGCGAAUGAACGUUUGUUCAUUCGCUGCCACCCUCCCGUUUCAAACAGAUUGGACGUCUACGGCUGUCAGUGGCAGCCAAUGUCAGGCAAUGAUUUAAUUUAGGGGCAUUUCACGUCAUUUCCUGUUGAUUUUCAGCUACGUCCUUUUCCUUUUGGAGCAUUUACGGGUCACUUCUUGUUGAUCUGGGGUUACUGAAAAAGGGACUCAAAAUAAACAGGAAGUAACCUGUAAAUGCCCUAAAAUGAACAGGAUGUGGCCUGUAAAUGCCCACCAAAGAAGGCUGUGGUUUCAGUGCCAUUGACGGAAUUGGGAUUUGUAGCGUCGUCAAUGACAGGGAACUCACGUAGACACUAUUUUUAAUGGAAGAUUUUUUUUAACCUUUUCGAUUCUUAGUGGGAGCAUUUCGAUAACUUUUCGGCAUAUAUCAGCUUUUUGAUAGUCACACCCCUCGUCAAAACAGUGUUUCUUAAUGGCAAGGAAGGUUUGAAAACAUCUUUUAUUUGAAAAGGAAGAAAAGAAGAAAAAUUUGAAAACAAAUGGUUUUGUAUUUAAAUGUGACUAGCGGAACGUGUAUGGAAUGAGAAACCAUUUUAAAACUGCGUAGGAUGUCUUUGCACCAGUUUUCAACAAAUGACUCAUUGGAAUAAAAGCCAAGUCGGUCAAAUUAAAACCAAAUGGAUGAUUUAUUUCAAUAAAAUGAAUUUAUAAGCAUACAAUUCAAUAAUAACUAAUUUGUUGAACGGUCUGUACACCAGUAACUAUCUUUUCUUGCCGUAACAUGACAAAAAGCACACCAUGCAGUUCUCCAAAUAUGUCCAGAUUACACGUUGCAUACUGCAUGUUGAAUCGCCUUGUAACGUUUUCCUAUUUGUUUUACAAUAUGUACACUUUUCAUCUUUCUCAAAAUUAGGGUUGCAACUUUCCAGGAAUUUUGAAACCUUUCAUGGGAAUAUAAAGGUAGACAUGAAUGUUGGUUCUUAACCGUUUACAGGGCAGUCAUUUAACUCCAUUGGCAGCGCUAGAUGUCCCAUCCAUUUUGCCUCGGAGAGGCGGCAGCGAUUUAUCGCAAGUUAACAAACAAAUGUGACAAAGUUGCGAUUCAUCACGUGUUGACUACUACAAAAAAAAAAAAAAAAAAAAAAAAAAAUCGUUUCAGGUCAAGCCCAUAUUAACUACUAUAUUAACUCAUGAAAAAUUGAGGAAAAUGUGAUUAAUCGUGAUAUCUUUCAGUGCCCAAAUGAGUUUGAGUAGACGUCCAAUCGUCCUUGUGCUAUAAUUUGAAAUUUUAUGGAAUAGAUUGGACAUAUGUUUUAAAUCCAGUUUUAACAGUUAAAUUCCCAUGAAAGUUUUUUUAAAAUUCCUUUUUUUUUUUAAAACCCAAAUCACAACAUAACCACUAACAAUCCUAUGCCUUUCAACCCUCUGUACUACUCACAAAGAGUAUCAGACAAAAAAUAAAAUAAAAUCAUAGCUACUCUUGAUAA